AUGUUAAGUUUCACUUCAUAUAUGUAACAGUUUGACAGAGAGAGAGAAAGGGGAUAAAGAUUUUGCAAAAGGGAAAAAAUGGGGAACAUGCUGCCUUUCGUGGGAAUGAUAAUGGUGAUUUUAGUUCAAGUUAGCAGCAUGGUGAUAACCAAAGCAGCAAUGUCUAGUGGGGUUAACAAAUAUGUUCUUAUUGUUUACUCUAAUCUUCUCUCCAGCCUUGUUCUCCUUCCUUGCUCCUUUGUAUUCCACAGAUCUGUACGUCUUCCAUGGACCUCCUCCAGCCUGUAUAGAUUGAUCUUUCUACUUUCCUUGCUUGGGUUUGUACCUUCUUUCUUCUCCUGCAAUUUCAAAAAACCCAUAGUUUUUUCACAUCUUUAUCAAUGCAGAUGUAUCGGCCAGCUAUGCGGAUACGCAGGUAUAGACUACAGUUCUCCUGCAAUGGCAACCGCCAUGCUCAACCUCAUUCCAGCGUUCACCUUCAUACUAGCCAUCAUUUUCAGGAUGGAAAAGCUUGAAUGGAGAAGCACAAGCAGCCAAGCCAAGGUUUUUGGAACCAUAAUCUCCAUAACAGGGGCAUUUGUAGUGACAUUUUACAAGGGACCAACAAUUCUGAGACUGUCUCAUCAGCUUCUUUCAUCUCCACAAUUACAAUGGAUCCUUGGGGGGCUUCUUCUUGCAAUUGAAGCUUUUAUGACUUCUGCAUGGUAUAUUGUACAGGCAAUGGUUCUGAAAAAGUUCCCUGCAGUAUUAACUGUCAUGUUCUAUCUUUGCUUCUUCAAUGCGAUUCUUUCGUUGAUAUAUUCGUUGAUUCUAGUCAGGGACCCCGUUGCUUGGAAAAUAAGGCCUGGUAUAGGCCUGUUUGCAAUUUUAUACUCGGCGAUAGUGGCGACUACGUUUCGAAUCAGCUUGUUUUCGUGGUGCCUAUGGAAAGCAGGACCUCUCUACGUUUCUAUGUUCAAGCCGUUGGCCAUUGUCAUUGCAGCCGCUAUCGGCAUUGUGUUCUUGGGAGAAGACCUUUCUCUGGGAAGGGUAAUUGGUGCAGUGAUUAUAAUGAGUGGAUUUUAUGGUGUGCUGUGGGGAAAGGCUAAAGAGGAGAGUUUGGGAUCAGCAAGCCAUGAAGUCCCUUUCCUGCAAAGCAGGACAGAUGAUAAAAGUUCUUCUGUAUAAA